UGUCAGUAUAACAGCCAAAUCGGGUCCAUAUCACUCGCACUAAGAAACAAAUAAGACCAUAUAUCUCAUUCUUCCCGGUCUUGCUCCCUGUCCUCCACCAUUCCACCUACCAUGGCACUUUCCGAUGAACUUCCACCACCACCGCCACCGAAGGCUGCUAAAAUAUCAUCUCCAGCACUCCCAUGGCGAACUCGAAUCUCAAUCAAAAUCAUAAGCACCAUAUCGACCGCCUCCAGACGUCGAAACGGUACUGUCAACCGCACUCUCCUCAACAUGCUCGGCUACAAAUGCUCCGCCAAUUCCACACCAAUUGGCGGCGUCUCCACCUUCGAUAUCACCGUCGACCCCACUCGCAAGCUCUGGUUCCGCCUCUUCGUCCCUGUUGCUGCUACGACGUCGUCUUCGGUACUUCCUGUGAUUGUUUUUUUCCAUGGCGGAGGAUUUACUUAUCUGAGUCCUGAUAAUAGGUCCUACGACGCCGUCUGCCGCCGUUUCUCGAGUUCUGUGCCGGCUAUUGUGGUCUCCGUGGAUUACAGGCUGGCACCUGAGUACCGUUGUCCCGCUCAAUACAAGGACGGAUUCGACUGUCUCAGGUUUCUGGAUGAUGAACAGAAAAGGAAGGGUGUGUUGCCGGAGAAUGCUGACGUGUCACGUUGUUUUCUCGCCGGAGAUAGCGCCGGAGCUAACAUAGCCCACCACGUGGCCAAGCGAGCUUGCGAGUCGGAGUUUAAAACACUCAAGGUGAUAGGACUGGUGGCCAUACAACCCUUUUUUGGUGGGGAACAAAGGACAGAGUCCGAGAUAAGUCUAGCUAGCAUUGAUCCACUGGUCUCAAUUGCAAGAACUGACUGGAUGUGGGAGGCAUUUCUGCCGCCAGAAGAAGGGAUGAACCGUGACCACGAGGUGAUUAAUGUGAGCGGUCCAAGAGCAGUCGAUCUAUCAAGAUUGGAUUUUCCGGCCACCAUAGUAUUCAUUGGUGGCUUUGAUUCACUCAAAGAUUGGCAAAAGAGGUACUAUGAAUGGCUGAAGAGGUCUGGUAAAGAAGUCUACUUGGUGGAGUACCCAAAUAUGGUUCAUGCUUUCUACGUUUUUCCUGAACUUAAGGAAUCAGAAGAGUUGAUUGCACAAGUCAAGAACUUUGUUCACAAGCAAUGCUCUAAAGUUGUUGAAAGUUGAAACUAGUUAAGACAAGUUUGUUGGCUUGUUUACCAAACUUUGUAGGAUUUGAUUAGGUGCCCCGACUGAAAAUUUGGGGGAUUAGGGGGGGUUAGUGAGAGAGGUCAUCUGUGAAAAGAGUUGUUCCACGUCAAGAAUAAAUUGAUAAACAACUAAAAGGAUUAUCCUAAAUUCAACGGUAUGUAUGCAUUCACAGACACGUUCUAGGGUUGAUAUUAGCAAUAAAUCCAGUGUUUAAGUUGUAUCUUGAA